AUGGCAGCGGGGGGAGCUGAGUCCGAUGUUUCUGCGGUCGUCGGGGGUGGCAGCCGCAGUGGCGUUCUCGUCGAGCUAGCUGAGGUGCGAGGAUCCCAAGGCACUGAUGUCGUCGGAGAGGCGCGUCUUGCACAUUCCUCCUCCUCCUCCUCCUCCUCCUCUAUCGUCACGGUCCGCGCCCUCGAGGAGCGCAUCGAGGCUCGUCAUCGUGAGAUCCAGGCCCUGCUCACCGACAACCAACGCCUCGCCCGCAUCCAUGUGGCGUUCAAGCAGGACCUCGUCGCCACUCAAGAGGAGCUCUGCUGCCUCUCCGCCACUGUCGCCGAGGUCAAGGCCGAGCGUGACGCCGAGGUCCGUGGCAUCGCCGCCAUGAGCUCUGAGCUGGAUCGCGUACGGGCGGACAUUCUGGAGCUUGUGGCGGAGCGGAAGGAGCUCACGACACAACUGCAUGCCGUGGAGAGCGAGCUUGCAAAGGCGAGCACGAAGGCGCAGUUUGUGCCGACGAUUAAGGCCGAUAUAGAGGCCAUGCCAUGA